AUGCUGUCGGACAAUCACUAUGGUCAUACAGAGAAUGAUCUUUGUUGGUAUCUCGACACCGGGUGCUCCAACCAUGUGACUAGAAGAAAAGAAUGGCUUGUUGAUUUGGAUUCAAGAAAGAAGAGCAAAAUAAGAUUUGUAGAUGAUAGCACUAUGAUGGCAAAAGGGGUUGGCAGAGUGCUACUCACAUGCAAGAAUGGAGAGACUGCGUACAUGGAUGGAGUACUGUUCGUUCCUACAAUGAAGAGCAACUUAUUGAGCCUUGGGCAAUUGCUGGAGAAAGCUUAUACCAUGAGUAUGCGAGAGAACUCGAUAGAAGUGUUUGAUAGAAGGAAACAUUUAAUAAUCAAGGCUCCAAUUUCAAAGAACAGAACAUUCAAGGUUAAUCUAAAUGUUGCAACCAUACAAAGUCUAUCAUCCGUAAGUGUUGAGGAAGAAAGCUGGAAGUGA